GAAGGGAGGUGCUAGAAGAUAUGCGGAGCAAGAAGUCUGGAGUCAGCUGCAAAAGGUGUGGGGCAGGCUGGUGCCUCUGAACCUCAGCAAUCCCAUCAGCUCUCCUGUGCUGGUCCACUGGCAGGGCUGAGGGUUGCAUGGUAGCUGCUCUCCCUUCCUCAGAAAGAAGCCAUCAUGUCCCAAGGAGGAGCAGCAGCAGCAUGCAAAGCUGCCAAGCCCCAGGACAGAGGAUGGGCAUGGAUGGUCCUCUUUGCUGCAGUGCUGCUGCAGGCACUGACACUGGGCUUCCCUUCCUGCAUUGGUGUCUUCUUCAAGGACCUCCAGCAUGAGUUCCAGGCCAGCAACAGUGAGACAUCGUGGUUCCCAUCCAUCAUGGUGGCUGUGCUGCACGGAGGCGGACCCCUCUGCAGCAUCUUGGUGAAGCAAUUUGGCUGCAGGUUUGCGGUGAUGCUGGGUGGGCUGCUCAGCAGCGUGGGCAUGGUGUCCAGCUCCUUCUGCAAGUCCAUCAGCCAGCUCUACCUAACAGCUGGCUUCAUCACUGGUCUGGGAUCCUGUUUCAGCUUCCAGGCAGGAAUAACUGCGCUGGGCUACUACUUUAUUCGCUGGAGAACUCUGGCCAACGCCAUGGCAUCCACCGGCGUCUCUCUCGGCUUCACCCUGUGGCCGCUGCUGUCUCAGUACUUGCUGGAUGACAUGGGCUGGAGAAACACUUUCCUUAUCUUUGGAGGGAUACUCCUGAACGGCUGUGUUUGUGGAGCCAUCAUGAGACCACUUCAGCUUGCCUCAGACUCGAUAGCGCAGUCCCCCAAGCCUGGAACGCAGCCAGGGGGGAGUGCAGAAGCAGCACAGCUGUCCAACGGAGCGUCUGCUCCCCACCCCGAGCUGCAGCAGCGCAGCAGGGGGGCUGCAUGCUUCCACGCGCUGCAGAAGUACCUGGCUUUUGACAUCUUCUGUCAGAACAAAGGCUAUCAGAUCUACACCGUCGGAAUGGUUUGGACAAUGAUGGGAUUCACGUUGCCCCACAUCUACCUGGUGCCUUACGCCAUCCAGAACGGAGUGGAGGAACAGAGAGCGGCCUUGCUGAUCUCCAUCAUUGGGCUUAUCAACAUCUUCAUACGGCCCUGCACGGGGCUGCUCUCGGGACACAGAAUCUUCACCGGCAGGCGCAUCUACCUCUUCAGCCUGGCCGUGCUCCUCUCCGGGCUCAGCAACUUCAUCUGCGUCAUCUCGGCCGAGUUCAGCGUGCUCAUCACCUACUGCAUCAUCCUCAGCGUCGCCAUGAGCGGCGUCGGGGCGCUCACCUUCCAGGUGCUGAUGGAUGUGGUGGAGAUGGAGAGGUUCUCGAGCGCUCUCGGGCUCUUCACCAUCCUGGAGAGUAUCACUCUCCUCAUCGGCCCCCCUCUCACAGGUCUCCUGGUAGAUAUAACAGGUGAUUUCCACUAUGUCUUCUACACCUCCAGUUUCUUCCAGAUAUCAGCUGCAUUGUUCAUGGGAAUUGGCUUCUGUAUGCUGGGGGAGAAAAACAAAUCGAAAGAGGCUUCAAAAAUACCUUUGGAUGAGUCCUCCAGGUAUCAAUACAGUGAAGUGCCAACUCAACCACAGCCUGAAAGUCAACCCCCUCCAGCAGUGGUGUGCAUCACAAGCAUAUGACAAGAAAGAAAAGCAGAAAACCCAAGAGGAACACAAGCAGUUGUGUGGCCUGCAGAACGCUACCCAAGGCCCAGCACCGAUGGCAGAUGCAGAAACAAGGGUCUGCUUUCCACAUCUGUCAUCAUCCUUCUGCCCUGCACUUGCACCCCGUGGGGCCUUGGCAGACUCCACGUGAGGGAUCCAGACCACAGGCUGAGCCCAGAACCCAGUGCCAGCCAGAGAGCCAAAGGACAAAGAGAACCGGGCUUG